GUAAUCUUUUAAGCCCCGAUACACUCUAGACAAGAUGCUUCUUCAGCAGACUUCAGGGGUUCAAAAUCCAGCAGGUUGUGUCUCUUGAAAUCGCCAUCAGCCGAAUGCUGUGGAGGGGAGAGGAACGAGUGAAAAUUAACCAAGCUGGAUCAAUUGAACUCUUCUCCCAGGCUAAUAACAGCGGGAAACAAGGAAAUCCUACUGGAUUCUGGAUCCCAAGGUCUCUCCAGUCCAGGCUGCAGUGUGGAGUAGUGCCUUGGGCUCUGGAGCCGUGACAAGGGGGUUGAUGGUUUAAAUCCUGUGUGAGACACAGCUGUUAUAUCCUUGAGCAAGGUUUCAAUGAAAUGCAGCAAAAGCUCCACGAGCGAAACUCUCCCCUGUGCGAGGAGACGGCAGAGGCCUGCGUCGCUGGUCGGCGGCUACCCUUCCGCUGCCCGAGAUGCGGGGAGCAGGAAAGGUUCCGAAGUCUGUCUUCCCUGAGGGCGCACCUGGAGUACAGCCACACCUACCAGGACGCGCACGGCUUCCGCCCAGCGGCGGCCUGCACGCCCAAAGUCUUCCUGCUCGAGAAGAAGUUGGGAAUCGUCCGCUGCACGGCCCCGUCAGUGCGGUCCGGGGGUCAGACGGAGGAAGUGGGGAAAAGGAACGUCGCCUUUCGGGACAGGCCUGAGAAGCCGGAACCACCCCCUGCCCCCUGCAGGUCAGGAGGGGAUGGCAGCAGGGCCGCUGGGACGAGCCACGAGAGUCGAGGGCUGGGAGCGGCGGACUGCACCACAGAGAGGUGUCUGCGGAGGGUGACCAGCGAGCUGGCGCAGACCGACUCGGAGCUGGUGCGUGCCCGGGCCCGGUCCAGGCACCUGGCGCGGGAGAGGCAGCGGGUGUACGAGCGCGAGAGGGCGCUGAGCCGCCAGGUGGACACGGCCGUCGGCGUGAUCGCUGCUCUGCGCCGGCAGCUGGCGGAGUCCGAGCAGGAGCUGGAGAGGAAGGAGCAGGAAGUGAUCAGUAUACAUAACUUUCUGGAAGCGGCUGUUCAGCAUGAAGUCUGUGGGAAAGUCCGGCUUCAGCACUUCAUAGAGAAUCUCUUACAUCGGAUAGCUCUGGCGGAAAAACUAUUGGAAUAUUAUCGGAGUGCUUCCAGUCAGCCCAAAUGCAGAACGUGUACUACAACCAAGACGUCUGAAAAUGGACCCCACAGAACAACCAAAGCCAGGUCACCUAGUGGUCCACCAACAGCAGCUGUUCCAGAAAGGAGAGGGCCUUCAUUCCAGAAGGGCAGGUCCUUCCCAAAACCCUCUAAGGAGAAGCUUGGCUCCGGGCAGAGCUGCUCACAUUCCGGUCUCUAUAAACCUGAUUAUGCAGGCGAAAUGUGGAAUUGGCAGAGAAGGUUAUUGGAGGCUGAACCUUAAGCAUCCUCAUGCAGGUCACAUUAAAUGUAAAUAGUACUCUUGCCCUGAAUGUCUUUAUAGCAGUUGAUUUGUAAUGCAAACCAUUCCACUGUCAUGGAGAAUAAACUAUAGAUUUUUUGCCACUUGAGGAAAGUUAAGUUAGCAUUCAGAGCCUGACAUUCUGAGUUGUGCACUCCACUGCUGGCUGUUUUUCAACUGCCCACUCUCUUCUCUGCCAAGCGUGGUGCCUUUGUGUUUUUCUUCUCUCUUUCACGUGCGCAGGCACUGUGCAUUAACGAGGGGAAAACAUGUAUUUUUUUUAAAUUGGGCACAAACACGCUUCCAAGUGUGCCUGUGAGGUCGCAGAGGGAAGAACUACUCGACUGACCCUCAUUCUCGGGCUCUGGGGAAAGACGUUGGCUGUGUUUUUAAACCUUCUUAAACUCAUGUUUUAAUUAUAAAAUUAUCCACAAACGGUGGGAUAAGAAUCGCUGUCAGUUACAGGAGUAGUUGCCUAGUGCCAUAGUUUGCCUUGUAUAACAGUGUAGUUUACAGAGUGCAUACAUAAUGCAUUAAGUUGUAACAACUUAUUUUUGCAGUUGUGAUUGUACAGUAUGUGACAAAUUUAGUUGAAGUCCAGUUAAAUAUUACAAAUUGUAAAUCAUUUGGUGGGAAUACCAAAGCUAGAGACAAUAGCAGUUCCUUAUUUCCUUGUUGUGCAGCAUCUGUCUUUUGUUUUAUAGCUAAAUUGAUCUAAUAGUAGAGCCAAAUACAGGCAUGCCCUUCACUUCAUUUCACUCACUGUAUUUUUGUUGGAAAGCUACUGCCUGCAACCUGCGCUGUGUUGAAUGAAGGAUUUGAGAUUUUGAGCAAUAAUCCAUGAAAGUUGGUUUUUAUUUUUCCUAAUGUAGAUGCAUUUCUAACCCCAUCUUGAAAUCUCAGUCAUGGUUCAGUCCUCACUCCUGCUGCACCAGUGCACUGUCAGGAAAUCUACACACUGAACAAUACUGUUUAGCACUUAGCAGUAGUGUGUGCUGUGAAAAGUGUGUUUCGAAUCAAUUAACAUAAUAGUGCAACCAUGUAAAAAAAAUAUUAAUGAGUGGUUUAAUGCAGUAAUAAUAUUAUGUCUAUUCUUAUCAGAAAACUACAGAUUAGUUGUAAAUGUUGUGGUGUCAUAAACCUGUCUGUGAUGCACAGGACAGAAGUUGCAUUUUAUUUCAUUUUAAAGUAAGAAAUAAAAUAGUGGAUAUGUGAGAUUCUGGUCCAUUAAAUCCUGUUGACCUUUUAUAAAUGUCUUUUAAAGAAGUGUUUCUGGUGCAAGGGGCAUGAGAUGCUGGUAUAUUAUAGGUGUAUGAGCUCUGCCUUGAGAUCAUUUAGUCUGUUAGGUUAUGCUUAACUUGCGCACAAUCCGUUCACGUAUUUCUCAUGUCUAAGCCAUUUUUGGACUAAAAUAAAGCUGUGGGUUUGAAAUGAAACAGCAACAUUUGCUUAUCACACAGCUGGAGGAAUCUUCGUGACUUAUGUUUGUCUUAAAUUUGUAGGCAUUUGCAUUAUUGGGCUACAAAAUGUGUUUGUUUAAAUAUUUGGUAUUUAAAAUGUAGUUUCAGCUAGGUCUUGCCAGACUACUCAGAUGUGUGUGCCUUCCUUUGCUAGAGUUUGUAAAGCACUGUGCUAAUUGAAAUACUGUGAAUGUCCUCACUUAGGAAAUAACCUGUGCUGCUCUGUUACACUUAUUCUAAAAAUAAAAUCCAAGACCAUAUGAAACCGAG